UCGCAGGCCCCCAGGCUAAACCCCGCUGUAGCCUUAAAUCUCCUACCAUGGGGGAAGAAGGCGGCGGCCGCAGCUGUGGGACCACUAGGGAGCUGCAGAAGCUGAAGCAGCAGGCGAUGGAGUACUACCGGGAGAACGACGUUCCGCGCAGGCUGGAAGAGCUGCUCAACUCCACCUUCUACCUCCAGCCUGCCGACGUCUACGGGCACCUGGCAAACUACUUUUCUAAACUUGCAAAGCCUCCUACCAUAUACAAAAUAGUGGGGAAAAACGUACUGGAUGGACUGGGGCUUCCAACCCUACAAGUGGAAACAUUCUGCACCAUUCAAAACUUUCCCAAGAACAUAUGUUCUGUGGUGAUCUCGACUCACUUUGAAGUCCACGAGAGCGCUGUGCCCGAGCUGGCUGAAGCGGAGGAGGCAGAGAGGGCCAGUGCGGUCAGCACGGCUGUGCACUGGGUCAACGGCCCCAUCACCCAGGAGCUUCAGGGCCUUGCACCCACCGACCAGGUGGCGGUGGAUCACCUGCUCAGGAUAUUCUUUGCAAAUAAAGUACAAGAAGAUAAGGAGAGAAAAGAAUUAGAAAAGAGCCUGGAAGACCCAAUAGUGCCUACGCCUCUACCUCUAAUACCAUCACCCCCUCCUCCACCUCCUCCAAAAAAAAAAGGACAAAAGCAAGGGAAGAAUGACGCUAUUACAGAGAAACCUAUUCAACCUGCAGAACCUGUUGAACCUGUACUCUGUGGCAGUAUGGCCAUAGGGGCCGUGUCACUAGCUGUUGCCAAAACCAGUGCCAUACUGGGCAAUAAUCCUCUAUACUUGAAUAUCGCAUUACUGAAGCACAACCAGGAACAGCCAUCGACCCUACCUAUGCCUUUGCUGAUGGUAACUCUGCUCAGCUGUGGGAAGUCAUCACCUGGGAAGCUAAAUUUAAUGAAAGAAGUGAUUUGCAUACCCCAUCCUGAACUAACCACCAAACAAGGUGUGGAGAUGCUUAUGGAAAUUCAGAAAAAUAUUAUCAAAAUCAUUGAAAUGCCUCCUCCUCCAAAAGCAGAGACCAAAAAAGGGCAGGAUGGAGGCAAAAGAGGUCAACAGCAGAUCACUGGCAAGAUGUCCCAUCUGGGCUGUUUAACCAUUAACUGUGACACUAUAGAGCAGCCACUGCUUCUACUACAGGGAAUCUGUGCGAACUUGGGGCUGGAACUGGGAACAAAUCUGCAUCUAGCCAUCAACUGUGCUGGACAUGAGUUGAUGGACUAUAGUAAAGGGAAGUAUGAAGUGAUGAUGGGCACAUACAAAAGUGCAGCUGAGAUGGUUGACCUGUAUGUGGAGCUGAUCACCAAGUACCCUUCAAUCAUUGCCUUAAUCGAUCCUUUCAGGAAGGAGGACUCUGAACAGUGGGACAGCAUCUAUAAUGCACUUGGUUCCAGGUGUUACAUAAUUGCAGGGACUGCAUCCAAAAGCAUUUCUAAACUUCUAGAGCAUGGAAACAUCAACAUCCCCAAAUCCAACGGGCUGAUCAUAAAACAUACAAAUCAAACUACGAUGUCUGACUUGGUGGAAAUAACCAAUCUUGCUGACAGUAAGAAGCACAUCAUCUUUGGAAGCACAGAAGGAGAAUCCUCUGAUGACAGCCUUGUCGAUUUGGCUGUUGGGCUUGGUGUCCGGUUUAUCAAGUUGGGGGGUCUUUCUCGUGGUGAACGGGUGACCAAAUACAACCGCCUUCUUACUAUAGAGGAAGAACUUGUCCAGAGUGGAACACUGGGUUUCAAUGAAGAACACGUGUUUUUUUACUUUAACGAGGAAGCUGAGAAGGCUGCCGAGGCACCUGAGCUGCUUGAGCCCCUGGAGCCCACCUUCCCCACCGAAGUCGUAGAGGAACCAGCCAGAACACGAGCAUCUUCUGCAUAGGGCUGUACACACCCCAGUUUGUAGCCACACCACUGGUUCUACCAGACCGGCAGGUUUGGAGUGUGUCUCCACAGCAGGUUUGCUCUUUAACGUCACUAACUCAUGUGCUCUUUGUCUUCUUCGAAUUUCACUGUUUGGUAAAUAUAUAUAUGGUGUUUUUGCCAGAAAUCGUAUCUGUGAACUUUGUUUCCCAGCCGUCACAUUUCCGUGGGGAUUUUGUUUGUAUACUAGCUCUACUGUCCAUCUUUCAGGGUCAUGGUCCAGUAAAAGAGGUCAAUAUUUUUGCUGCCAACUCUACUCUCAAACACCUUAUCCUCUACAAAUCAGAACACCUCUGAGAACAAAAGCCUAAUGACACUAGAAGUGCUCUGUGCCGGGAACAGGUGUACAUUGUCUGUGUUUAUUCUGUACAUCUGUGCUGGAAAGCACAGGCACACUUUUAUAGCCAACCUUAGGCAGAAGUGUGAGAGCCUCACUAUUUCUUGUAAUAGCCAAACAGCUUCAUCUCACUUUCCUGCCACUAAUUCCCUUUUCCCUGAUUUCCCCCUCUUUUUAAAUUUUAGUUUUUCUUGUAUUAUUGUUAUCUUUGUGAGUCUCCUUAGAUCCUUUUUGGAAGAAGAAUGGGUAUAGAUGAAUAAAUAUUCUCAACGUUAAUAAACGCCCAUUUAUACUGCAUUUAAAAAGUGAUUAGCAAGUGAUUAAAAACAAUGGACAUACAUGCUGACGGAAUUGCCUCUUUUGGAAGCCAGUUCCAACAGGAGUGCCAGAAAUAAACAUACUCAAACACAUACGCACACUAGACGUAAUAAUGUUCAAGAGCUUUGUAUGACUUAAGGUCUCUGUUAAAAGGGUUACCGUUUGAUUUCCUAAAAAUUAUAUGAAU